AAACAUCGUCAUCGGUCGUGAACUGAGACUCGGCCGAGGAUGGAGGAAGAGGCACGCAAGCUUCUCGAAGAAGGAAUAAGAAAGAAAUUGGUCAGUCCUGGUAAAGGAGAGCUGUCGACCUUCCCCGAUGGCACCAAGGUGGUAUUUCACUACCGCACCAGCCAGUGUGAUGGCACAGUGCUGGAUGACUCCAGAACAAUGGGGGGCUGUAGCAAACCCAUGGAGCUCAUCUUGGGCAAGAAGUUCAAACUAGCUGUGUGGGAGGCUGUGAUCAUCACCAUGAGAGAAGGUGAAAUUGCAGAAUUUACCUGUGACACCAAGCACACUUCCCUGUACCCACUGGUGUCCCAGUCACUGAGGAACAUCAGUGCUGGUAAAGACCCCCUAGAAGGCCAGAGACACUGCUGCGGCAUUGCCCAGAUCCACUCUCACCACUCUCUGGGCCACAAGGAUCUGGACCAUCUCCAGGCUAAUCCACAGCCCCUUGUUUUCACUAUCGACCUGCUGCAGGUUCUGCCUCCAGGAUCGUUCCAGUUGGAUGUGUGGGCCAUGACAGAUGAGGAGAAACUCCAGCUAGUGCCUCAGAUACAUGAGGAGGGCAACAUGCUCUUCAAACAGGGCAAAAUUAAGGAGGCCACAGAGAAGUACUACAAUGGCAUUGCCUGCCUCAAAAAUCUACAGAUGAAGGAACACCCUGGAGAUGAAACAUGGGUAAAACUCGACCAUAUGAUCACACCACUGCUCCUCAAUUUCUGCCAGUGCAAAUUACUCCAGGGCCAGUACUACGAAGUCAUUGAACACUGCUCAUCCUUGGUCUUCAAAUACGAGGACAACGUGAAGGCCUUUUACAAGCGAGCUAAGGCCCACGCUGCAGUGUGGAAUGAGACUGAGGCACGAGCAGACUUUGCUAAAGUGCUGGAGCUGGACCCGUCCCUGGGACCGUCUGUGGCUAAGGAGCUGCGGGCAUUGGAGGAGAGGAUCCGCUCCAAGGAAAAGGAGGAAAAGGGUCGCUACAAAGGCCUAUUCAACACGCCACCAGCCACUGCCACUACAGGUUGAAUUUCUUCAGCAAGUUGGAACAAGAGGAUGCCUGUGAAUUUCAAGAUGGAUGAGAAACAGUAGAACGCUGCUGCUGUUUAAGUUUGAUCAUGCGCCCAAGCCAAACACUUUCUAUGCCACCCUGUCCUUCAUGGUACAUGCAGGUCAUACACACACAUGCACCCACAAUUCACUGAUAUUUUAACCAAGGUGCAAUUUGCAUUCCUGCCUUAUUCCCUACAACUCCCUCUCUCUAAAUGUUAAUUUCAGUCUUUGAUCAGGACUUUUUGACAUUAUAACUUUGAAUUUAGUGAAAGCCCAAAAUGCCCUAAAAACCUUUCAUCUGUACCAGCCAACAGUAACAUUUGGGUUUAGUGCAUCUUCAAUGGAAGGGAACUCUGAAAUCUUGAAUUUCUGCAAUUCUGUUGAGGUUUAAGACAUGUUUCAACAUUCUUGGUAAAUAAGGUCCCCGCAGUAAUAAGUUACUUUAAAAAAAAAGUUACUGUCAGUAACGGCUUUCACAGGAUAUGCUGCAGAGAACUUCUUUUGAUUUAACGAUGACCCUAUGUGCUGUUUGUGGAAAGUCAUCGUAUUUUAAUUUAUAUAGCAUACCUAUAUAUA